GACGUCUGCGUACGCAAAUUCGCUCCGCGCCUUCCUUAGAUUGUCAUCGGAGGCUUCCGUUAGUCAGACAUAUUGUCCCAGAGGAGCCGGGAGAGGCCCUGAUACACCGGGGACAGCAUGGAUUCCAUUGCGAGCCCCGGGAAGGACAACAGUCGCAUGAAGAGCUACAAAAACAAGGCUCUAAACCCAGAAGAGAUGCGUAGACGGCGUGAGGAAGAGGGAAUUCAACUGCGCAAGCAGAAACGUGAACAGCAGCUCUUUAAGCGCCGCAAUGUGGAGCUGGUUUCUGAAGAUUCAUCCAUGUUUGAUGGUCCUCUAAUGGAUUCUUAUGUCAGCUCCACCAAUGUUGGGGAUGGAGUUAUUACCCGUGAGAUGGUUGGGUUGCUGCUUUCUGAUGACCCUGACCUGCAGUUGGCCACAACACAAAAAUUCCGAAAGCUGCUGUCUAAAGAGCCAAACCCCCCAAUAGAUGAAGUGAUAAAUGCUCCUGGAGUGGUAGAACGGUUUGUAGAUUUCCUUAAACGAAGUGACAACUACACACUACAGUUUGAAGCUGCCUGGGCUCUAACAAACAUUGCAUCUGGCACUUCACAACAAACCAAGAUUGUUAUCGAAGCAGGAGCCGUGCCAAUUUUUAUCCAGCUGCUAAACUCUGAAUAUGAAGAAGUGCAGGAACAGGCUGUGUGGGCACUAGGGAACAUUGCCGGUGACAGUUCUGUGUGCCGAGACUAUGUACUUAGCUGCGACAUCCUUCCUCCUCUACUUAAUCUAUUGACCAAGUCAACUCGCCUUACCAUGACAAGAAAUGCUGUCUGGACCUUGUCUAACCUGUGCAGAGGGAAGAACCCACCUCCAGAUUUUGAUAAGGUGUCUCAGUGUCUUCCUGUGCUCUCCCGUCUUCUGUUUAGUAGUGACUCUGACCUGUUGGCAGAUGCUUGCUGGGCGCUGUCCUAUCUUUCUGAUGGUCCCAAUGAGAAGAUUCAGGCAGUCAUUGACUCGGGUGUCUGCCGCAGGCUCGUAGAACUUUUAAUGCACAAUGAUUACAAAGUGGCAUCUCCUGCACUAAGAGCCGUUGGAAAUAUUGUUACGGGAGAUGACAUCCAGACACAGGUUAUCUUGAACUGUUCUGCCCUGCCUUGUCUCCUGCAUCUACUAAGUAGUCCUAAGGAAUCUAUCCGUAAAGAGGCCUGCUGGACCAUUUCUAACAUCACAGCUGGUAACCGAGGCCAAAUACAGGCUGUUGCAGAUGCCAAUAUAUUUCCAGUGUUAAUUGAAAUUUUACAAAAGGCAGAAUUUCGAACCCGUAAGGAAGCUGCAUGGGCUAUCACAAAUGCCACAUCUGGGGGCACCACAGAACAGAUUAGAUACCUCGUAAACCUGGGCUGCAUUAAGCCACUCUGUGACCUCCUCACUGUCAUGGAUUCUAAAAUAGUGCAGGUUGCCCUAAAUGGUCUGGAAAAUAUCCUGCGACUUGGGGAGCAAGAGGCAAAACAGGAAGGAGGAGGAGGAGGCAUAAACCCGUAUUGUGGGCUGAUUGAAGAAGCAUAUGGUUUAGAUAAAAUAGAGUUUCUGCAGAGCCAUGAAAAUCAGGAAAUUUACCAGAAAGCUUUUGAGUUGAUAGAACAUUACUUUGGUGUAGAAGAGGAUGAUCCUCAGUUGGUUCCAUCUGUGGACGAAGCUCAGCAACAGUUCAUCUUCCAGCAGACAGAGGCCCCUAUGGAGGGAUUCCAGCUGUAAUCUGAAUAUGACAAUCGCAGCACCCUACCACCACAGGUUCCAUUCAAUGGGAAGCUGGGAAUGCAGCCCCCUCAUGCUGGAGUAAAGUUAAACAUGGUUUAUUAGAAGAGAUUCUCUCCCCUUCUUGUUACUCUUGCGCUUUGUACGUGCAGAGAAAGCUGUGAUUCUAAUGGCUAUGUGAAUGCCUCAGUUUAAACUCCAUGAGCUCAACCUUUAUGCUGCUUUUUGCGAGGUCUGUAUGUAAAAUGCAUACUUCCCUCCAGCACUGAACUCUCUCUGCUUCAAAAGGUCCCGUUGUUUUUUUUGUGUUUUUUUUUUUUUUUUUCUCUUUUGGUUGGUUUCAAAAAGGACUUGCAGAAUUUAAAACGCAUUCGUAUAAAAUGCGUUGAGCAUAUUCUUCCUUUUCUGCUAGAGUACAUGGAGCAAAAGGAAUUGUAUUUUUUUUUCUUUUGUGGAAGAGAUAGCGGUAUUUAAAGAAUUAAGAAAAAAAAAAAAAGGAAUAAAUAAGUAAAAUGUCUGGAAAGCGGUGGGCAGUGAUGAUCAAAUUUAGGCAGUAAUUUAAAUACUCUUAUCAGUGGUAACUGAUGGUCACUGAACAUGGCUUUAGGUGUUGCUUCAGCAGUCAUUUCAUUAGGAGUUUAUUUGCCAGUGCCCCCUUACUGUACUUGGCUUUAAAUCAGGCUGGGUGCCCUCUGGCAACACAAUCUCCUGCGUGCCUUAUCACUACCUCCCUCCCACGGCAGGGUUUUCUCAUGUUAAUUUGUUUCUCAUUACUUGCCUCCCAUUUCAGAGAUUUUUGAUAAAUCUGUUUGCCACAACCGUUUAUAGCUACUACUAGUAUUGUUUUCAACAAAGUUCUACCUGAAACUCAUAUAAACUGUGCCUGUGAUUUAACUAUAGUAGAGAAGGACAAUUUAUGGUAUAACCCAAUCAAUUUCAAAAGGUUGUUAACCAGUAAUUGGUGACAUCUGUGGUUCCCCCCAAAAAAAAUUCAUUAAAAUAUGGGACUACUGAGAAGUUUCGUUCAGGGUGUGAAAGCAAUAGGGUUUCUUUUUGAAGCUGUGUAAUUCAUUCACCCCAUGUCAUCUUCAUAAAUAGCAGGGCACCUCCACAGAAACAGAUGGUAUGGGAUUUCUGCAUCUUGUUUGCGCCUUCCCAGCAAUGUCACUAACACUCUUAGUUUAUUUUCUUUAACACUUGUGACAAUAGCCUGUGCUGGUGUGGAAUGCAGAAAGAAAUGUAUCUACUUGAAUUAAACUUAUAUUUAGCUGGC